AUUGCACUCCACCACACCAUCCAUGGCAAUGGCAUCUUCCUUCCUUUCUCCCCUCCUGAAAAAUACAUCAUGAACAACUAGUCUCUCUGCUCACCAGGCAACCUAGCUAAUCUAGCUGAUUACUCUUUUGAUUGCUCCUGUCCUCUACUGAUAUGCUGCUAGCUUAGCUUUGUUAAUUAUAUGCCAAUAUGUACUAUGCAACCCUCUGAGCAGAAGCCCACAUACACACACCGCCUUCCUCACUCUCUCUAAUUGAGUAGAGCUGUAGUAGCCCUGCCCACGCCCAGUGGGAGGCGGAGCACCAUAGCCACAGCCUCUGCCUCUUGUGCAUCGUCCUGUUCGAUUCCUUCUCCUUGAGAUCAGACUAAAACCAGCCAUGGUCAAGAAGCUUGGCCUCACGUCUCUCAUCUUCAGCAGCAAGCAGGUGGACAGUGCUGCUAGUGCCAGUGGCGCUGCACCUUCCUCCGUGGCCUCGUCUUCCUCCAUGUCUGCCACCUCGUGGCAAUGGCCGUCCUGCAAGCAGCCAAGGACCCUCUCCUUCAGGCAGCAGCAGCACCAAGAGCAGCACCAGACGGCGUACAAGACCAUGAACUCGGCCUACUUGCCCGACUCCGGCGCCGACUCGUGCUUCUCCAACUCCUUCGCCUCGGUCGACGACAGCCUCUCCACGGCGUCCGAGGCCGCCUCCGGGCUCGUUGAGGCCAACGAGCGAGAGACGGUCAUCCGCGCCCUGCGCUCCGGCCGCCUCUUCUUCGAGCCCCACGCAACGCCGGCCACCUCCUCCUCCAUUCUCGACGAGGCCAAGCUGAAGGUGAAGGACAGCGACACUACCACCGUUACCACCUGCUGCGGCAGCAGGAAGGUCGACAAGACGGUGGCGUUCGAGGGAGCGACGGCGGUGACCAUGGACUCGUCGAACCCGUACCGCGACUUCCGGGCGUCCAUGGAGGAGAUGGUAAUGAGCCAUGGCGUCAAGGACUGGUGCUGGAUGGAGAUGAUGCUGGGGUGGUACCUCAGGGCCAACGGCAAGAGCACCCACGGCCUCAUCGUCGGCGCCUUCGUCGACCUGCUCGUCGCGCUCAGCGACACCGCCUCGCCGUCCUCCCCGACCACCGCCACAACCAACGGCUCCUCCUCCUUCAGCGGCAGCGACGAGAUCAAGGAGGAAGAAGGAUGAACCGAGCUCAACUGGUACAUAUGAUUAUGAUUAGUUUUCCCUUGCUGCCAUGAUUCGCGUCAAGUGCUGUUAAUUCCCAGCCGGAUGCGGUGCAGCUUGAUCAAGCGUGAGGUUAGCAGUAUUGAUUCCAUUUAUUUACCUUUUGCGAAGCUACUGGCUAGCUAUUGUGUGUUUGCCUGUCAGUCUGCGCGCGUGCAUGCCUACCUAACUGAUUGUUUGCUAGCUAGGUGAGUACGUACUAUAUUUGAAUUUGUGUGCACAGCCCGGAUAUUACGUAUGAGAAAAUCAAAUGAAAUGAAAAAAAAAUGUAAAUAUGUAUAGCGUGUGUGUUGUCUGCAAGCAUGUUUGGGACGCGAGAAUUUUCACCGAAAUUUGGUCUUCUUUCUCAGAAACAGUUCAGUUACCACAAGAAAUGAAGAAGGGAAACCCUCUUGUUUCAGACGGAUCUAAA